AUGUCCCACUCUCACUCCCACUCCAACUCGAGCAACCACUCCUCACAUGUCUACUCACACCGACGGCCGGGUUCGCGGGCAUCGGUCCUCUCGACGGGCGCCCCCAUUGACGUCAACCUCAGGAAAAAGGUCGCCGUCGUCGGCAGCGGCUGCUCCGGCAUCGCCGCCCUCUGGGCACUCAACCGCAGCCACCACGAUGUUCACCUCUACGAGGCCGCCGGCCGCCUAGGCGGUCACACCAACACGGUCAAAUGGACCAACGGCAAGUUUGAGACGAGCGUCGAUACGGGCUUCAUCGUCCUCAACACUGCCACCUAUCCCAACUUUAUCAACUUCCUCAAGCGCGUCAAAGUCGAUACCGUCCCGACAGAAAUGACCUUUGGCGUCACCAGAGAUCGAGGCCUCUUUGAAUGGGCCGGCACCAGCCUCGACGCCGUCUUCUGCCAGCGCAAGAACCUCUUCUCCCCGCGCAUGUGGCGCAUGAUCUUCGACAUUGUGCGCUUCAACCAGUUCGCCCUUGACCUGCUCAUCACCGGCGACGACGUCAACGAUGCCGCCGCCAUGAACGGCCACAGCCACGCCUAUGGCCACGGGGCCGGACCCGAGGAGACCAUUGGCGAGUACCUCGAGCGCGAACGCUACUCGGACGCCUUCCGGGACGACUAUCUCAUCCCCAUGACGGCCGCCGUCUGGAGUACCAGCCCCGACAAGUGCACGCUCGACUUCCCCGCCGUCACCCUCGUACGGUUCAUGUGGAACCAUCACCUCCUGUCAACUGUCGCAACGCGCCCGGACUGGCUGACCCUCAAGGAUUGCGGCAAGUCGUACAUCGACGCCGUCAUGAGGGGCUUCCCCUCGAACCAUCUUCACCUUAACAGCCCCGUCACGAGCGUCACAAACGAAGACGACGGCCGUGUCCGCGUCCACCUGCCCAACGGCGACUCGGACGUCUACGACCACGUCAUCCUGGCCACUCACGCCGAUCAAGCCUACAGGAUCAUUGAGGAUACGGCCACCGACGAGGAAAAAUCUAUCCUUGGCGCCUUUGAUACCUCCGAGAACAAGGUCGUCCUCCAUUCCGACCUCUCUCUCAUGCCCGUUGCCCGCAAGGCCUGGACCAGCUGGAAUUACCUGACCCUCUCGUCGCCGGCUACCGGCAAGCAGAAUAUCGACCAGAUCUCACUCACCUAUAACAUGAAUAUCCUCCAGCACAUACCGACCUCGACUUUCGGCGACGUCCUUGUCACGAUGAACCCCCUCCACGAACCCGACCCAGCCAAGACGCAGGCCUCCUUCACCUACCGCCAUCCCCUGUACACUCCCGAGGCAGUCCGUGCCCAGCGCCUGCUGCCGCGUAUCCAGAACACGCGCGGCAUCAGCUACGCCGGCGCCUGGACAAAGUAUGGCUUCCACGAGGACGGUUUCAGCAGCGGUCUUGCCGCCGCCCAGGACCACCUGCACGCGCGUCUGCCGUUCCAGUUUGUCGACUCGACUUACAGCCGUGGACGCCGGCCUGUCCUCGGGCUUGCUGACUUGCUCCUGCGCGUCUUGAUCCUGAUUGUGCAGGUGCUUGUGGUGCAGGUCCUGGAGGCGGGUUGGGGUGCUGUCCGGGGAAGGAUAGGCCCGAAGGUGGAAAACGUGCGCAGGACGUUGAAGAACGGCAAGGCGCACUAA